CUAGGGUGGCCCCACAGGCAAAAGGCUAGCAAGCGAUAACAAGCAGCUAAUCAUAACUAAAUGAUGCAGCGUAAAAAGGGAACAGAUAUGACCCGCAGCAACGGUUACAACGGUGGUAUUUGUUGAAUAGCAGCACCUACCGACUUGGUCGGUAGCUGUUAGCAGCAGACUGACUGGACGUCCUGUAGGCUUGGCUCCGUCUGACAACGCCCGCCCGCCUGGGAGAACCAGACAACACUCGAUUUCACUUUUUGUGUUUGUUCAGGAGACUCUUUAUCAAGUCAGCAACACUGAAAUAGACUUUGAGGAGCCAGUGAUGAAGGCGACGUCGGUAAUCUCUGACCUGCACUUGAAAUUUGCAGAGAAGACAUGGAAUGAAACAUUUCAGCUUGUUCGAAGAUGCAUGGACAGAUCCAGAGAUGAAUCCAGGCCCUGUGAACCCCUGGUUAGAUCACUGGAAAGGCUCCAGGAAGUGUUCAGUGUGUCCUCCAUGAAUACUGUGAAGUCUCGCCUGGAAAUGAUUGCCAAACAACAGGGAAUGGGCUUUCACAUUACUGAGGCAACAUGCUACAUGACAGCAGAUUUGUUCUACCUGGAGGUUGUGUUGCUGCCAUGUGGCGGGGUGGAGGACGUAAAAGUGGCCCCACAUGGAGGAUCGCCCGUUGCCAGUGAGUCCCUUCUUCAGCUGCUGAGGUUAAAAAAAUUUGCCGAGUUCUCCAUGAAGUUAGCAGGUCUCUUCGCCCAGUAUAACAUUCCUGGAGACAACGAAAUCAAGUUAAAAUUGUUUGCAUCUCUACAAUGCCUUGGGAAGGACUUGCAGCAAAUGGUACACUUGCCAAGGCUGCCAAAGGACUCCGACCCCCGAACGGAUAUGAUUAACAGUGGCAGAGUUGGGUGUCUGAUGGCUGGAAAAGAAGAUUGUCCCCUGACUAUCCAGUUUUAUGAAAGCCCAUCUGAUGGACUCAAGAACUCAGAUUUAUCGAUCCAGGCAGCCCAGGUGACUGUAGGUGUCAGUGAAGUGACUCACAAGCUUCAGGUAGCGUCUGUGAUCUCACAGCCUGCACAGCUGGAUCCCCAAGGUUAUCCUGUGUUCCUGCCGCUGAGUGAGGUGACGUAUGAGACGCUGCCGGCCUGCUUUCUCCUCAAACUGCAGCCAGCAAUACCAAUGAUGGAAUCUUUUGUAAACAAGCUGAGCCAAAUUACAGAUGUGACCAUACCAGAUGUUGACCUGCAGUGGGCACCCUUACCCAAGCUUCUGAUGAGAAGUUCACCCAGUGCAAACAGCCACAAGGAGACAAUAGAUGGGCAGGAUGCUGUUUUCACAGUGCCUCUUCCUGGUGGUGUGAUGCAUAGUUACACUCUCCCUCACGCUGCAUGGGAGGCUCCUGCCCAGAGAGGGGCUGUGGUGGCCAGGGUUCCCUUCACCCACCCUGCCCAUGUCCCGCCACUACUGGAGCUGCUUCGACAUCAGUGUGCCAUUAACACUUUGCUGAGGAGCUGUUUCACUUCUCAGCAUGCCAAAACGGGUUGGGCGUGUGACCUGCACUAUGAAGUCCUUCCGGUAUCUGAGACCAGCUUUUCUGUGACGUUCCACCAACCUGGCACUGACUCCCUCGCUGUUUUGUUUGUGAACGUAUCUGAUUCUCAUCAGAUUAACUGCACUCUGUUCGGAGCAGGAAUAAGGGAUCCAUCUUUAGAUGAACACCUUUCCACUGUCACAAAGAGGUGCAUGUCUAUUCCUGUGACCCUGAGUACAUUACACAGCAAGCUUGAAGAGAUCACCUCUGCUCCAAUUUCUCUCCAACGCCCGGCCACCGCAGAGGCCAAAAAUGACCACUCUGCUCCCUCGAGCACCGCCGUGGCCGACACCAGCAGCGCCUUGACCACGUUCUCCCAGAGUUCAUCUGUGCCACAGGAUAGCUUCAGUGGUUCUGCUUCAGCUUGCUAUGCCAUGUCUGUAGCCAAAUCUGAGCUCCUUCCUGAAAUAAAUACAAGUCCUGCUGUUAACCUUUACCCAUUCACUCCUGUGGGUGUGUUUCCACACUGGAUGACCAAUAAUGGCCAACUAUCAGAGCUGAUCUGAAACUGUACGAGCUUUAUAUGCAAGGUUCUAAAGUUUAAGUCUUUAAAUGUGUCAUUCUUUUUCCUUUUUUUUUUUUUUUUUUAGAAUUGAAUAAAUGUUUUGGUAAAGCAACUGUUUUAUUCAAAACCAGGUUUGCCAUGAAAUAUGUUUUGUGUAGUUUAAAUUUUAGACCUUUCUGAGUUUAUUUUUGUCUUUGUUAAUUCAGUUAGUGUAUGAUCAAAUCCAUCGUCUGCAUAAAGUGUUUUUUUUUUUUUCCCUUCUUCUUCACUAUGCAUUCCAGUGUGGCAGAGAUUGCUGGUUGUAAAGGUUUGAGGUCUGGCAUUUGACCUCUCUCAGACAGCCAAGAGCUCAGUUGAUUGGUACCAUGUGAGCCAAUCAAACAUUGUUAAAGUACAUGAUGCAUUCUUGAUGGCUUGUAAGAGUAAAGUAGAGAUCAACACACACUGCACGUUAAAAUAAAUAACUCGACCAGAUGCAUAAACGAUA